UUUAAUAUCUAAUAUGGAAAAUAAUACAAAUAAUAGUAUUAAUAAUAGUAAUAAUAAUAGUAAUAAUAACAGUAAUAAUAAUAAUAAUAACAAUAAUAAUAAAUCAGCAACAAAUAAUAAUAAUUUUUUUCAAAUAAAAUCAAAUAAUCAUUGUAAUAUGGAAUGGAGUAAUGAAAUAUGUUUAAGAUUAAUUGAUGAAUAUAAAAAUUUUCCAGCAUUAUGGGAUCAAACAAGUCCAUUUUAUAAAAAUAAAUUAAAAAGAAAAGAAUCAUGGUGUAGAUUAGCUGAACGUUUUGGUUGUUCAAAAGCAGAAGUUGAACGUAAAAUGAAUGUUUUAUUAACACAAUAUCGUCGUGAAAAACAUAAAAUGUUAAUGCAAGUAUAUAAAGGUGAAUUAAAAUGUUCAAGAUGGUAUGCAUUUAAAAAAUUUUCAUUUAUGGAAAAUGGUUUAAGACCAAAGAAACAACAACGUGCUUUACAAUUAUUAAAUGCGAUGCAAUUACGUUUAGGAUAUAAUCCAUUACAAUCAGUCCAAAAUACAUCAUCAUUACAAAAUUUAGCAUCAUGGCAUUCAACAGGUGAUAUUCAUAAUCAAUCAGAUAAUAAUAAUUCUUUAUCAAUGAAUAAUGAUACAGAAUUAACAGGUCCACAAUCCGUUCAAGAUUUAUCAAUUAAUCAUAAUAGUAAUAGUAUACUUCAGCAUCAUAAUAAUUCAAUACAACAGCAAUCAGCAAAUUCAACAAUCGAAGAUGAAAUGGUUGAAAUCAAUGUUGAUCCUUUAAAUUUACUUAGUGGCCAUCAUAAUUCAUCAACAUUUAAACAUACAAAUAGUAAUAAUAAUAAUAGUAAUAUAAAUAAUAAUAACAAUAAUAAUAAUAGCAAUAAUAAUAAUAAUAAUAAUAUAAGACAACGUUCAGAUUCAUUAAAUUAUCAUCAAGAUGUUAAAGAAGAAGUUUUCGAUUGUAGUAGUAUUGAUAAUGAUGAUCAUCAUAAUAGUGAUCGUAUUAUCGAUCAAAGUUAUCAACGUUCAAAUGAUCAUACAAAUAUAAUUAAUCAUAAUGAUCAUGAUGUUGAUGAUGAUGACGAUGAUGAAAGAUUUUCAAUAUUAGAUUUUCGACGUAAUCGUUAUAGUAGUAGUGAUACAUCACCAAAAAAAAAAUUAAAUUUUCAUUCAACAACAAACGAUCAAACAUAUCAUCAUCAUUUACAACAACAACAGCAACAACAGCAAUCACAUCAUUCAACAACAUCAGAUAAUCAACAAAAGGAUGAAAAAUUAGAUAGAUGGCCUGGUUUAUUACCACCGCCACCAUUAUCAGCAUCAGCUUCAGCAACAUCAAUUGAAAAACCAUCAACAACGAAAUUAUUUCAAAAUUAUGAAAAUCAAUCGAUGUCAUUAGCUGAUAAAGAUGAUUGUGAUUUUAUUGGUUUAAAUGUUGCAUUAAAAUUACGUAGUAUGGAAGAAUCUCAAAGGAUAAUUGCAGAAAAAUUAAUUUCUGAUGUUUUAUUUUAUGGACAAUUUAAAGAAUUAGAUAGAAGUGCAAAUGUUUGCCCUAAAAAAGAAAAUGCUGGUUAAUUAAAAAUAUUUUAUAAUUUUAAAUUUAAUUUUUUAUAAAGCAAAAAAAAAAAUAAACAACGUAUAAAAUGCAAUUUGUAAAUGUAUCAAAUGUAGUUUUUUAAGUAACAUAUCCGUUUAAUUAUAUAUGUACAUAUAUUCGAAAUAUAUGUAUGUAUAAAUAUGUUAAAAAUAGACAUUUAUAUUAUUA